UUCAACAAACCCAUCCGACGACAAGAGAGCACAAAGCAUCAAACAUCUUACAGCGCACGCCUGAAGACACAGACAAAGACCUUUUAAAGACAGAAGCUUAUUUUGAAAAGAAUCCUUUGUUUGCAAUGGUUUCUGCUGGGUUCCAGAUCCUGGGCUCUGCUCUGGGGAUCAUAGGCUGGAUCGGCGCCAUCAUCGUGUGUGCCCUUCCCAUGUGGAAGGUGACUGCUUUCAUCGGCAGCAACAUUAUCACGUCACAGAUCACCUGGGAAGGGAUCUGGAUGAGCUGCGUGGUCCAGAGCACGGGCCAGAUGCAGUGCAAAGUCUACGACUCAAUGCUGGCCCUGUCCUCCGACCUCCAGGCGGCCCGGGCCCUCGUCGUCAUCUCCAUCAUGGUGGGCAUCCUGGCCAUCCUGCUCUGCAUAGCUGGAGGGAAGUGCACCAACUGCGUCGAGAAUGAGGUUGCAAAGGUCAAGGUGGGCAUUGCUUCUGGCGUCAUGUUCAUAGUAGCUGCGGUCCUCUGCCUCAUCCCUGUCUGCUGGACGGCCAACACCAUCAUCCAGAACUUUUACAACCCAUAUGUGAUCCAGGCCCAGAAAUACGAGCUGGGGGCCUCGCUCUACAUCGGCUGGGGCACGUCUGCUUUGAUGCUGAUUGGCGGAGCGAUGCUCUGCAGCAACUGCCCCAGCAACGAUUCAACCGGCUACACCGCGCAGUACAAGGCUGGAAAGUCUGAGUACACGGCCGCCAGAUCCGAGUACUCCAGCGUUUCAGGGAAAGACCGUGUUUAAACUGAUUCCGGCUUAUCUUAGUGGGACAGAUAGACUGGUCCUGCUGGUUUGGCAGUGCUAAUACUAAAAACAGCAUCUUGAUCGGAACCACGCCUCAAGAACAAAUUUCAUUUUACAUGUUCAUUACUUCUAUUUAAUGAAUAUUGUGUCAACAUUAUUAGGUGUUUCUUUAUUGGCAUAUUUACACAAUUAUGUGUGUUUUUGACUACUUUUUAACUGUGUUUGUAAAGUUUGUUUUGGUCACAUUAAUGUGGAAUGUUUCUUAUCUGCCUAUUGUGAUGCUUUAUGCAACAGAUGUUCUGUAAAUAAACAUGUUUUUGUUUACUUA